AUGAAUGCCGACUCACUGGUCAGAAUCCUGCGGGCGUACGACGUGUCGUUGGAUGCAGCAGCAGUGAAAGCGGCCGUUUCGGCCUCGGACUCGACCCAUCUUGUACACUGGGCCACGGUCCAUCUCACUCCCGAUACGCUGCUCACCGUCGACGAGUUGAACCAAUAUGCCGCCCUCGGAGAAUCGGGCCUGGCCGAGAAGCUUGCCAUAUCGUCAGACCUCACCGCGGCUCGUGUCCUGAGUGACCAAGAGAUCAAGGACGCCAUAGAGGAACUCAAUCGCUCUACGCAGGCUAUCACGCGACAUACCGAGACCCUCAGGCAGCAACAGGAAGCUCUCGGUCGGCUUGUCGAUGCUGGUUGCGUGAGCAACAAGGAACGUGUCGCCGUUGAAGAAGGUCGGACCGGGAAAUGGCAGGCUGAGCGUAGCAACCUCGCAUUAGAAGCAGAUGAGCUCUCGCAGUCGCUGGGCUCCCGCAUCCGCGAACUCGAGCAACAGCGCACCGGGGCUGGCGCGACAAUCCAGCAAACCGUGGACACAUUGUUCCGCUCCGAUGACAAACUCUUAUCCAGUCUUCAAAAGCUAGGAUGGGAGUUGGAAACGAAAGAUGACGAGGAACAGCAGGACGUCGCUCUGCUGCGCGAAACUUGCGCAAGGCUGAUCAAGUUCACCGUGGAAGGAAUCCGAACGAAAUUAGAUCGCCUCUAUCUAGAAGCCCUUGAGCUGUCGUCCCAGUCAGGGUCUCCCCGAGUUUCGGCCGACCAAGUAUCGGCAUUGCAAGAGGAGCUCGAGUCCCUCUAUUCGGAAAUUCUCCCGGUCGCCCAGAUGUCUACCGAGCAGCAGUUUCUAGAACCAGCGCUGAAGAGCCUUGCCGCAAAGAAUCGCCAGAGCAUGGCCAAGUCGGCCCGGGCAACCAGCUACGUCCACGAUUGCCUCGACUAUCUCAUUGAUCGUGCGCAAGACAUGAUGGCUCGACUAGAUGCAUUUCAGGCAUACCAAUUCGCUGCUGAUGCUGUUCUCGACGUCGCCAAGCCCGAACUGGACGUCCAAACCCAGACCGCCGAGGCAUCCCCUGCGCGGACGAAGAGCGCCAAGCAACAGAAUGCCAUGUCGCCGGUUCGUCCUCAGCCCAAACAGCGAUCAAGAUACUCAACUGGCGUGCCCAGCAUCCGUCACGAGCCGCCACUAGAGGAGAUCCUACGCACUCUUGCUAUCAAUCUUCCGCAUGACGACGAAGUGCCCGAUGAUCUACGGGAACAAGUCAAAAGUUUAGCAUCAGCGCUUGACACCCGUCGGGCAAAAAUGCGGGAUGUCGCGCUCAAUGUUCAAAACACUUUUGAGGGUGUAGCAGCGAAACAGGUCGCCGACGGGAAGCUGGCAAUCCAGCUUGUACGCGACUCCAUCCUCGCCGAGAGUUCGUUUGGGGAUGCCCGGCUCAUGGAUCCCGAGAUUGAGGGGUCGAUUGCCGUCCUUUCCCAGGAACUGGCCACUGUUGAUGAGAAGCUGAAGGACAUCAACGACGGCGUGGGUAAACUAAAGGGCAGGAACGAGAAGAGGGACGAGUUUAUCAGUCGGUGGGGUUCAUGA